GAUGUCGAAAUUACCUGAAUGGAGACAAUCGGAGGAGUAACGAUGUGGAGGAGCUAACGAUGUUCUUCUUCUUUUCUCAAAACCCCCAAAAAAAGAAGGGAAAAUUGCCAAAAGAGAACAAAAAAACAAGGGUGUUGUCCCCUUAGUAUAAAUCAAUCUCAUAGUUGUCCUAAUGGUAUAAAUUUUUUCAUAAUCCCAAAAUUAACCUUUCAUUUAGUGAUUUAAUAAGUAUAUAAAACGAGAUUAAUAAAAUCAUAAAUUAAUUAUAAUGAAAAAAGUUAAAAAAAAACUUUUAGCAAGCAAAAAAAAAAAAAAAAGAUGAAUAAAACUGUUAAAGAAAUAAUCAACCCUAAAUCUAUUUUCAUUCUUCUCGUUUCUUCCGCCUCUCUUUCUCUCUCUCAUUCGCGAACAAACCCUAAGUCGCCAUCUCCGGUGACUCUCCACCUCUGCUCUCUCUAUCUCCGGUGCUUCUCUCCACCUCUCUGGCUCUCUCUAUCUCCGGUUCCGUCGCCUUCUCCGAGCUUCUCCGCCUCUCUUUCUCCGGCUCUCUGCUUCUCGCCGGUUUCAUCUCCGUCUCUCUGGCUCUCUCUAUCUUCGGUGUGACUGAGCGAACCGUCUCUCCGCCUCUCUCCCUCUCCAUCUCUCUCUUUCUCCGCCUCUCCGUCUCUCUCUUUCUCCGCCUGUCCGCCUGUCCGCCUCUCCGCCUCUCCGCGCCUCUGUGUCUCCGUCUCUCCGCCUCUCCGCGCUCCGCUCUCCGUCUCUCCGCCUCUCCGCAUCCGCCUCUCAGCCUCUCUCCGGUAUUUCUCUUAUUUUUUUUUACUGUUUUGAGAUAUUCGAUUGAUUAUGGUGAAGAAUGGGGAGACGUAUAAUGGGCACUUGGUUAAUUGUGAUACAUGGAUGAACUGUACAUAUAUUGGAACUGUCUCUUUUUAUGGUUGUUAACAGAUUAUAUGAAAGAUUUCCUUUGUGAAUUGGAAGACAUUUGAACUUGUUUAAGUUUGUGAAUUGAUAUGGCUUGUUGUAUGUGUGAAGAUUAUAUGAAUUGAUACGGGUUGUUAUAUGAAAGACAUUUGAACUUGUUUAAGAUUAUAUGAAAGAUUUCCUUAUUUUUGUAUGUGUGAAGUUGUUGUCUCUGUUCUCGUAAAGAAGAACCUUUGUCUUAGCUUGUUGGUCAAAUGAUAAGGGUUGUUGUUGCUAUGUUUCUUGUGUCUGUAUAAGGUUUUGAAUAAUAUAAUUUUUUUUCUCUGUAGAUAUGGAGUCAGAGCUACCUAAGCGACUGUUUGCAGAGGGUCUUGAACCUCAGGUCGAGAAGAUCAACAACUGCUGCCGCAUGGAACUCAUCAGGUAUCUGAAGACAGCUAUGCCUACAGAGUAUGAGGAUGUGAAGAAAGAUCCUGUUUUCACUCAUAUCAUGGCUAUUGCGGAAAAUAAGCUUAAGUUUUCGGCAAAACUGGUGGAUAGCUUCUUAUGUAGGCAGUUGAUUACCUCGAAGAAGCAUGAGAAGUGGUUUGUCUUUGCGAGGUCGCCUCUCCGGUUUUCGCUUCAGGAGUACCACGCUGUGACAGGUCUAAAGAUUUCGCGUGAAGCUAGCACUGGUGUAGUGAAAUGGAAAAACGAUGGGGGGUUUUGGAGUGAGCUAUUAAAGACGGAUGGUAAGAUAAGCUUGCAGUCCAUCAAGAAGGUACAUCUACAAGAAGUUCACACCUGGACUCGGCUUGAUAGGAUGAGGUUGAUCUACUUGUGCGUGAUAAUGGGCGUGGUGAUGGGGAGAGAUGAGAAGGUGUUUAUCCCUCAUAUGUAUAUCAAGUUGGUGAUGGAUCUUGACAAGCUUCGGAAGUUCCAUUGGGGUCUUCACUCCUACGAUUUUCUGCUGCGUUCCAUCGACAAGGCUACAAAGAAGUUGGGUAAGAAGGGCAGCUACAUUUUCGAGGGUUUCUCCUAUGCUAUCCAGAUUUGGCUUAUGGAAGCAAUUCCGGAUUUUGGAGAAAUAUGCGGCAGAAAACUCUCAGGCAGCUUCAGAGGUCCAAGGUGUGGCAACUGGAAAGGAGUUGCAAAAGUUUCUUAUCAAGACAUCACCAAACUUGAAGACUCAUUUACUGACAAGAGUGACUUCUUCUCGGUCAUCUCAGUGAGUGGCAAUGGUGAUGUCUUUCUGCACGAAGACUAUGCAAGGAAGGGUGAGAUGGAAGAUGAACGAGUGAACCUUGUCCUUAGUAGGAUCAAUAGCAAGUUCGAUUGGAGCAAGACGGAGUGGCCAGUUAUAGAACUUGAAGAGACUGAAAUGGAGGAAGCUUUGAAAGAUGAUAUAGAUGAAGAAGCUGGUAUGAGUGGCGAUGAUACUGAUGCUGCAGAAGACGAGGAGACCUCUACGGUUGAGGUUCCAGGAAAAGGCAAGAGAAAGGUUCAUGAUGAAGGAGCGGAGACAAGAAAGAAGAAGUUGCUGUGUAAGCGAGCAGCUGAAAAGAAACAGAGUAUUGAUAGUGAAACUAAGAGUUUCAUUGAGGGUCUCCUCGUUACAUAUGUUACUUCCUUGGGGGAUAAGCUCAGCACGAAAAUGGAAGAUAUGGAGAGGAGGUUUACGGAAAGGAUGGGUAAGUUGGAGACCGAGGUGUCACAGAUCAGGGAUGCAGUGAUGUUGAGUGAAGAAGGGAGCGAUCCUAGCAUGAGCCAAGCUGCAGAAGAUCUACUAAAGUUCAAAGGAGAUCAACCUGCAUCUGCGAGCAAAGGCGAUCACCCGACAGGAGCGAGCAUAGGCGAUCAAGCUCCACCAAAAAGCAAAGGCGGUCGUGUUCCACCAAAAAGAAAAGGCCAUCAACUUGUGCAAGCGAAAAAGGUAUUACCUAAGAGAAAAUGUAGAACUUGAUGAACUUGGAACUAGGAUGCUUGAGUUAGGAUGCUGGACGUAGGCUUUUGGAGCUAUGCCGUGCUUGGAACUUAAUUUUCAUUGUGCAAUAUUAUGUAACAGUUUUUAGUAUUUUGUAAUAUGGAAUGGUUAAUUUGUGUAAUAUGUUUGUAAUGUGUAAUAUGUUUGUGUAAUGGAACUCCAUGAAUGUAAUGCUUUGUUUGUGUUAUAUAUGAAUGACUUCUUAUUUUAUUUGGUUUAUAUUGUUUUGAAUAGGCUGGAAAACAAAUUGAUGUACAAACUAAUUCCUUUGAUUUUGGAUUGAGUACACAAGACAUGUUUGAGCUGCAGCAAGAUGCGUUUGUCGAUGGUUUUGAUCUUUCUCAAGUUCAAGUUGAAAACUCAACAAAAUCAAGACCAGUUGACAUGUCCAUACCCCACUUACGUGAUGACACAAGGGAUGCAGAAACAAAUCCAGAUGCCGCAUUGGUGUUUGUAGGCGAAGAGGAUUGGGAAAAUGUAACUAAGUGGUCACCUUCUUCCACGUAAGUACAUAAACAAAUCUUCUGUCAAUGAUCGUUCUCUACUAAUGCCAUUUUAAAUUUAAACUCACAUAUAUUAGCUUGUAUUCAUGUUUUCGUUUCAGACCUCUACGUUGUGGACCUAUUAUUUUAGAUGAUGUGAUUGCUAAGCGUCUUAUGGAUCCAUCUGAGUGGCUGCAUAACUGUGUAAACCUUGUAGAAUAUUAAUUUCCAGUGUGUUUUAUAUAAAUUGCGUGUGCUAAGCUCAUUGAAAUAUGCAGGAGAUUGACGCCGCCAUGUUCGUAUUCCGGGAGAGAACAUCUCUCAAUCGAUGGAAACCUUAUCGAGUUGGUUUCAUGACGACCGUCUUCAGCAAUAUGAUUAAGAAAGAGUACAGUCUCCUAAGAGGGGGUAGAAAGAAAUACAAUCUUCAUAAUUUGCUAGUGCAGUA